AUGGGGCGCACAAAACGCCCGGACGGGUCGCAGACGCCGAGGGGUCACUCCUCCAGCACCUCGGCUGGCCCCAUGGACGGGUUUCUGGCACCCGCGACGACCACGCUGCAGGAGGCCGCAGGCUCCAACAUGGCCGACUCACCGGCCCGCUCCAGGGCGACGGAGGGUGGCGAAACAACGCUGGCGGACAUAAGUGCUGAUCUGAAGGCACUUGCCACGAAUAUGGUCACCAAGGAAGACCUCCGCAGCCUCUCUGACACCCUCCAUGCCGCCAUCCGCACAGAGGUAACCGCGCUGCGGUCAGAAAUGACGGCGCAUGCUUGCAGGCUACAGCACUUAGAAUCUGCCACACAGUCCCACACAGCCCAAGCUGAAGCCUCUACCCUAGCUAUCUCCAGACAGGGGAACAUGCUGCUGGCCCUCAGACGCCACACGGAGGAUCUAGAUAACAGAGGCCGCAGGUCCAAUAUUAGGGUACGCGGCCUGCCAGAGCCAGAUGGCGAGGAAGACGUGGAGGCUACGCUGCGCGCAUUUUUCAGAGGUUUACUGGGCGCUGAAGCCCCAGCCACAAUAGAGUUUGACAGAGCGCAUAGAGCAAAUCGGUUGCGCACUAAUGAGAGGACGCCACGAGAUAUUAUAUGCUGCAUGCAUCAGUACAAAUUGAAGGAAAAGAUCAUGGCCAGAGCGAGAUCCAGACCAACGUGGAGAUUCCAUGACGCAGAUGUCGCCCUCUACCAGGACCUCUCGCCUCUAACCCUGGAGGCACGCAGAGCACUGAGGCCGAUCACGACACAGCUCCAAGAGAGGGGUAUCCACUACAAAUGGGGCUACCCCUUCGCCCUGUUAGCCAGACACCAAAAUGAAUGGGUCCCCUUACGCUGGCCGGAGGAAGCGCCCAGAUUCCUGCAACGCCUAGGACUACCACCCACGGAAAUCACCAACUGGGUCUUCGGGCCUCCAGAUCAGAGGACAGGCCCACAGACACCGAGACAAUUGGGCCGACGCAGAGAUGGCACUCCACGGCGCCCUACAGCUCGCAGACAGCUAGCGCCCACCGAACCAGAAGAGUGA